AUGCCGCCCAACCAGGUUGAUGUUUCCGGGAGGACGUCCCUCGGGGGCGUGCCUGUCUUCGGGAACAGGGUGCCUGGGCUUCGGCGAGUGGGCCGCCGCUGCGGAACGGUCGUUCGGUCCGACGCCAAGGAUCUGGUGUUUGACAACGACGCGCGGCGCAAGCUGCAGGAGGGGAUCAACAAGGUGGCCGACGCCGUGGCCGUCACAUUGGGACCAAGAGGCCGCAACGUCGUUUUGGAGCAGAGCUAUGGGAUGCCACAGGUGAUCAACGAUGGUGUCACAAUUGCAAGGGGCAUCGAACUGGAGGAUUCCCUGGAAAACGCGGGCGCUCAGCUUGUCAAGGAGGUUGCAGGGCGGACGAAUGAUGCUGCUGGUGAUGGCACGACCACGGCUGCCCUGCUGUCCAGGGAAAUGAUCCACUAUGGACUUCAGGCUGUCACUGCAGGUGCCAACCCCGUCAACAUUAAGAAGGGCAUUGACAAGACGGUAGACUUCCUGUCAGAAAAGCUCAGAGAAAAUGCCAAGGCAGUGGAUGGACGUGAUGACAUUAAGAAUGUGGCAUCAAUUUCUGCUGGGAACGAUUCGACUAUUGGUGAGAUGAUUGCACAAGCCAUUGACAAAGUUGGUGCAGAUGGCGUUCUAUCCAUCGAGACAUCCAACACCAUGGAUACUUCUGUUGAAGUCCAGGAGGGCAUGGAAAUAGACAGGGGGUACAUCAGCCCCCAGUUCAUCACCAACAGCGAACGCAUGGUCUGCGAGUUCGACAACUGCAGAGUUCUUGUAACAGACCUCAAGAUUGAGAGUGCCAGGACCAUCAUCGGCAUUCUGGAACAGAUAAUGAAAGUGAACCAGCCAGUGCUCCUGAUCGCCGAGGAUAUUGCUGGUGAGGCUCUGGCCACGUUGGUGGUCAACAAGAUGAGGGGUGUGAUCACCGUGUGCGCAGUCAAGGCGCCAGGGUUUGGCGAGCGGAGGAAGGCCCUGCUGCAGGACAUCGCCAUAGUCACUGGCGCGGAGUUCAUCGCCAAGGACCUGGGCAUGUCAGUUGAGAACGCAACCCUGGAACAGUGCGGCGUCGCCAGGAAGGUCACCGUCAGGAAUAACGCAUGUACUGUGAUCGCUGACACGGGCUCUCGGGAGGAGAUCGACCUGCGGCUGGGGCAGCUGAAGAAGGAGCUUACUGAGUCUGAGAGCACAUACGACAAGGAGAAGCUGGCGGAGCGCAUUGCCAAGCUCUCUGGGGGCGUUGCCGUCAUCAAGGUGGGGGCAGCCACGGAGACAGAGCUUGAGGACAGGAAGCUGCGAGUGGAGGACGCGAGGAAUGCGACGUUUGCUGCCAUUGAAGAGGGCAUCGUCCCUGGUGGCGGUGCUGCGCACCUGCACAUCUCCGAGCUGGUGCCGGGCUUCAAGGAAACGCUGGACGACGAGGAGGAGAGGCAGGGGGCAGACAUCGUCAUGAAGUCCCUUUCCGCCCCCCUGCGCCAGCUGGCCGAAAACGCGGGCGUGGAGGGAGACGUCGUGGUGGACAAGGUGCUGGGCCAGCCCUUCGCCUUUGGGUAUGACGCCAUGGACGGCCAGUACAAGAACCUCAUCGAGGCUGGCAUCAUCGACCCUGCAAAGGUCACGCUGAGCGGGCUGAGGAAUGCCGCGGGCAUCGCCGGGAUCAUGUUGACGACCCAGGCCGUCCUGGUGGAGAAGAAGGGGGGUGAGAAGGAGGCGGCGCCUGGCGCCCUUGGGCCUGAGGGCAUGCCCGCAGGAAUGACGAUUUGA